GCAACAGUUUCAUCUGGGCUUUCGGCUCCGUUGCACGCGUAUCUCCCAGCUGGUUUUUAGACCGUCUUCGCGGAUUACUGUUAGCCACUAACUAUUAACCAUUAGCCAUUUAGCCCAAACAAGUUUCGCGUGCAAAAUUUGUCAUUUUGUCAUUAGGCAAACUAAAACUUGAGAUUGCAAUUUUAAAAAAAGCGAAGCGCUUAGGAAAAAAACUGCAAAUUAUUCCAGAAUAAUUUCAUUUGAGCGGAGAGAGCAACAACAAUUGCAAAAUGAGAGUGCCCACAAUGCUGUCGGAUAUCGACCAACUGCCCACACUCCAGCUGGGCGACUAUACGCUCCAGUUCGAGCUGGGCGAGCCCACGGCCCAGGGCAAGGAGGUGGCCAUCAAGGAGCUGCGGGAAACUCCCGAGCGCCAGAAGGAGGCCGCCAAGGAGCUGGCCCGUCUCCUGGAGGCGGAGACGGAUUUGCACUAUCCCAAGGGAAACGAGGAGUGGCUGAUUAGAUAUCUGAGGCCCUGCAAGUAUUAUCCGGAGAGUGCUCGCGACUUGAUCAAGCGAUACUACUCCUUCAAGGUGAAACACGCUGAUGUGUACAACAACCUGAAGCCUUCGAACGAGGCAAACAUUUUUAAGCACAACAUACUCACCGUCUUCCCCAAUCGAGAUCAAUGUGGUCGUCGCAUCCUGGUUCUGGAACUGGGCAAACGCUGGAAGCACAAGCAGGUGACCCUGGAUGAGGUGUUCAAGGGGGCCGUACUCUUCCUGGAGGCGGCCAUGCUGGAGCCGGAAACGCAGAUCUGCGGUGCCGUUGUGAUCUUCGACAUGGAUGGUCUCAGUCUGCAGCAAACGUGGCAGUUUACGCCGCCGUUUGCCAAGCGUAUUGUGGACUGGCUGCAGGAUUCGGUGCCAUUGCGGAUCAAGGCCAUACACAUUGUGAACCAGCCGAAGAUCUUCCAGGUGGUAUUCGCCCUGUUCAAGCCCUUCCUGAAGGAGAAGCUGCGCAGCCGCAUCAUAUUCCAUGGCACCGAUCGCGAGUCCCUGCACAAGUACAUGUCGCCCAAAUGCCUGCCAGCCGAAUACGGGGGAUUCCGGGAGGCCAGCCGGAUCGACGGUGACCAGUGGUACCAGUUGCUCCUCAAAUGCGACUCCGAGUUCGACACCAUCAACUCGUAUGGCUACAAGAAGAAGUGAUCUGUGGCCAGGAGCUGCAAGUGAUAUGUAACAUAAUUAACUCCCCCAAGUCCCAAUUUUAAGCACACGUUAUAGUUAAGCACUCGAUCUGUCAUACGCUUGUCCUCUUAGUGAAUAGCGCCUAGAAGUUGCCUUAGUCUUAAUCAGAAUCGGAGCCUCGAUCGCAUCCAGAGAAAGUGUUAUACCUACCAAUUAUAUUUAAUCCGGGGUAAGCCUAUUUAUACCAUGUUACUAUUGUUCAUUUUAAAACAAAUUGUUGAAAUAUAAACACACACUUUCGUAUAUA